AUGUUGGCCGUGAAGGGACUCAGUGGAUUGUUCCACCCGUCCCUUCAGUCCUCCCCCAGUCCACCCGUCCCUUCAGUCUUCCUCCAGUCCACCUGCCCCCUCAGUCUUCUCCCAGUCCACCCGUCCCUUCAGUCCUCCCCCAGUCCACCCGUCCCUUCAAUCCUCUCCCAGUCCACCCGUCCCUUCAGUCUUCCUCCAGUCCACCUGCCCCCUCAGUCUUCCCCUAGUCCACCCAUCCCUUCACCGUGCCGCUUCUUCCCAGACCCAGAGUGCCUUGUGUCCCAGCACGGCUCCUCUCCACCACCCUCCUCACGAUCAUAUUAUCACAACACUCAUGAACCACUCAAUGCUUGA